GAAGAGUUGGGGAAUUGACAGACGUGGUUGAAGUAAGGAUAUUAAAAGAAGACGAGGAGGAAGGAGAAAAUCAACAAAGAAUAAGAAUGAUUAGGAGUGAAUUGGAAGCAUUGAAUAAUGUGCAAAAUGUGGAACUUUUAGUGCCAAAAAUUCGAAAUAAAAAAUAUUGA